GGUUUUUUCUUUCUUUCGUUUUUCUUUUUGUUCUUUUCUUUUUAGUUUUUUUCUUUUAUUUCUCUUUUCUUUUUUUACUUCUUAAAUCCAUUCUGACAGACCUCUCUGUCUGAUCCGUUGUCUCAAACGCCAUCUAGUGGUGACAUUAAAUAUUGCCAGUUCCUGUUAUUCCUCAACAUUCCGAUUAUCAUGAACGCAUCAGUUGACCAUUACCCGGAAAGACAACACACACCCACCAUGUGUUCAUCCGGUUGCCUAAAACGCCUCAUCCUCAAUAACGCUCCUUUGAUCUUGGAUGGUGGACUUGCAACUGAACUAGAGGCGCAAGGAGCUGAGCUACAGGGGGAUCCUUUGUGGAGCGCCAGGCUUUUGCACACUAAUCCCCAGGCCAUAAAAGAGGCUCAUUACAGGUUUCUCCUCAGCGGCGCCGACGUCAUCUCAACCGCAACGUACCAGGCGAGCAUCCAGGGAUUCGUCCAGCACCUAGACGUGAGCGCCGAGCGGGCCCGGGAGCUGCUGAUGUCCGGAGUGCGUCUGGCCAAGGAGACGGUGGAGACCUUUGCCUCCGGGGAGCGGAGUCUGCUGGUGGCCGGCUCAGUUGGACCGUACGGGGCCUUCCUCCACGAUGGAUCAGAGUACACCGGGGCUUAUGCGCAGGAGAUGAGCGUUGAAGAGCUCAAACUAUGGCACAAGGCACAGGUGGACUGUCUAGCGGCAGCAGGGGCCGACCUCAUCGCUUUCGAGACCAUCCCGAGCAUCAAAGAGGCCCAGGCCGUGGUGGAGCUGCUGAGGGAGUUCCCGGACUGUAACGCCUGGCUGUCCUUCUCCUGUAAGGAUGAGAGGCACAUUUCAGACGGCAGCCUGUUCGCGGACGCCGUGCGGACCGCCUGCAGGUCACCCCAGCUGCUCGCCGUGGGAGUCAACUGCUGCCGUCCAGCCGUGGUGCAGCCGCUGCUGGACUCCGCCCGGGCGGCGCUGGGCCCCGACACGCGCUGGGUGGUGUACCCCAACAGCGGCGAGGACUGGGACUCUGAGCGGGGAUGGCAGGAAUCAGGGCAGACUGCGGGAUGGACGCCUGAGCUGAGCCGCACGUGGGUGAAGCAGGGGGCUGCUCUGUUGGGUGGCUGCUGCCGCAUCGGUCCUGCUCACAUCGCAGCACUGAGGCAACAGCUGAAGGGAAGCAGCACAUCUUCAUCAGAGUCAACCAACAGCCACACCUAAAGCCAGAUAAAACCAAUCAGUUCAUCAUUCCGUCAGAAGGCCUGGCUGCAGGAUGUUGCUCUGAACCCCACGGAGGAUCGGCGAGGUUGCCCCGAUCUUUCUCCUGGACUGGUCGGCUCACAGAAACGAUUUCAACGUGAUGAUUUAACAGAUCUGCCAUGAAGACUGCAGAAGCUCUUAAAGCUCUUCUCUGUAUCAAAUUAAAUUAAUUAAUUUAAUUAAUAAAGUGAUAUUCGAACAAA